AUGAUGCCUAACUGUCCACUCGUCCUCAUUAACUGCCUGCAGCAGCUGAAAGGGAUUGUGGGGUCUGGUGUUUUCCAGGAACAAGUGGGUCAGAUCAAGGAGCGCUACGACCACCGGAUGCUGCUCAAACACAUGCCUUCAGAGUUUAAUGUCUUCCUGGACCACGUGCUGGCCCUGGACUACUACACCAAACCAGACUACCAGCUGCUGAUGUCGGUGUUUGAGAACAGCAUGAAGGAGCGAAUCAUCACCGAGAACGAGCCGUUCGAUUGGGAGAAGGGGGGCGGUGAUGUCACGCUGUCGACCAGCGCCUCCACCCAACCACAGCACAACACCCGGCCCACCGCCGCCAUGGGGCGGAACCUGGCAGACCUGCGGCGGAGCCAGCCCAGAGGGACAUUCACCAUGAGCACCACCCUGCGGCUUGGGAAGCAGAUCCUGGAGUCCAUCGAGGCCAUCCACUCGGUGGGCUUCCUGCACCGGGACAUCAAACCGGUACGGCGGGACCCAGGUCUCCCUUAA